AUGGCGACGUGCAAUCUGGCCGAUGUAUCCCUGCCGGAUCGAACAAAAUAUGGUAUUUCCAUUCUAUCCUCAGUUGUCAAGUUCUUUGCGGAGGCUCGAUCGAUCUCUAGGAAUUUCCAGGAAUUCACUACGCAGCCAAAUUAUCUUCAAGAGCUUCUGUCUAUUCUCUAUCCUUCGGUUGUUGGUUCAGAUCCUGUUGGCCCGACCAUUGAAAUGAGCGCUCGACACGGCGGAAUCGGCUUCGAUGACAGCAAUCUCGUUCUUCGACCCCGCUCAGGUACCGCAAACGCCUCCACGGCCUUCCAAACGACCACAGUUGACGUUGCGGAAAGUGCCGACGAGAGUACUGAUUCGCUUCGCCGUGGAUCCUCGUUUGUUCUUAUCUCUUCAGAAAGAACUAAGCACCAGCCGUCUUCUGCCCGCAUUCGUCGCAUUGUCGAUCCCAAGUCAUCAAAUGACAAGGCUGUGGUUGAUCAUCCACUCACAAAGACUAUCUUUAGCCUCGUCCUCCCGAUAUUUGAGGAUCAACUGCUCGAAAAAAAAGAUUUUUCGGGAUUGGGAUUGUAUCAAAAAACGCCCCCUGGGUUUAUAGAGCAGCAAGCGCAUUUCAACUCCUGGGUUUUCAACUCUCUUCUCUCAAGUCUGAAGAAAUUACCGACUACAAACCCUCGCCUACUUCAAGAACCUCGUGUUUUGACAAAUCUCUCGCGCUUUGCAAUCCAUCUGGUAGAAGCGGUAUAUGAGGGAUGGUAUAUCAAUGGCCCCGUAUCUAGCCUCGAAUGUAUGGGUACGAUUCUGGAAUUCCUUCAACGUCCCGAUGUGGCAAGCCUCAAGAGUAUUCGCCUGUGCAGUCAAGCAGUCGCUACUAUCCAUUCAGCGCUCUAUCGGAUCGUCCUGUUCCAGCUUUCAGAGGCGGAAGAUGGUGAAGCUUUGUCAGUCCUGAAACGAUUGAACUACUGGCAAGUCGUGCUUCUUUCUGCAGCCGAUACACAGUCGAAGCAUCUUCAAUUACUUUUUUACCUGCUGUACACGAAACUGAUCAGCAGCGAUGAAAACGUUCGCUUGGCUGCAGCAAGCCUUUGGCGGAUAAUUCUUGUUCAGAAGCCUGAAGAGGUGACAAAUCUUCUCGGCAACGCCCCUCAUUCCCUGCAGCGCCGACUGGCUGACGGGUUUGAUACUCUUGUGGGCAUGGAAGAUGAAGCCUUUCUUCCAUGGAUUGAUGGUCAAAGAGACGACCUUGAUGCUUUGUUCUUCGGGAUCUUGUCUCGGUCCUGGGAAACAUUCGUCCAGGAAGAGAAUGCGAAAAGUGAGGACUCAGGAAAGAAUCGCAUGUCAAAACGCAAAGAAAAGUUGAAACAAUGGGCUCAGCUGGAAAAAUUUAAUGAGGAGGUCAUCAGGAAACAUGACGCUACCUUGCCUCAUUGGAUCUCGAAUAUCUCUGCAUCGGAGUUUUUGAAAUCACAAAGGUUUUUGCAAGACUUGCAAGAUAACUCUGUUUUCAUGUGGUCGGCAUUCUCAACUCUUCUGAUGGAUCUGCGACGACCAGGUGGUCUUCUCGCGGAAGAGAAGGAACGAAAAUGGCGACUUGAUCAAACUGAAGGUCGCAGCCGUAUGCGAUUACGAGUCGUCCCAGACGAAUCUGGUGACCGACAGGAUUACCAGCCGAAACGAAAGGCUUCCGAGCCACCUAUGCCUAAGCUCGAUACUCGCGUUCGUGCACUAUCUGCAGGGGAAGUAGCUGCUACGCCUACCGUUAUGACAGCAGAGCCCGAGGGUCUUGACUCUGAGCCUCAAUAUGGCGAAGCUGAUAAUGCCACCAACGCGGAAGAUCCAAGUAUGCUUGAAGAAAACUUCGAGAUGAUUGAUGACCCCAAGAAUGAACUCGAGGACUACGAUGACAAAAAUCGCAAAGUGAUGCGGUCUCUUCACCGCGGCGACCAGGUCCAGAAUGUGUGUAACAUGUCACGGAUCAUUGGUCUCGAGGCCGUUGAAGGCCUUUUGAUUCUCGGAAAGGACUGCAUCUACAUUCUAGACAACUUCUUUCAAAGGGCUGAUGGAGAAAUUGUCAACGUCUGGCAAGCCCCUGUAGAGGAACGCGACUCUUAUGUGCGAAUGAUUUCUGGACGAGAAUCCAACGACCGCCGCUCUCAAGAGCACGAAACUAGGAGCUGGAAGUGGUCUGACCUAGUCAGCGUCUCCAAACGUCGCUUCCUCUUCCGCGACGUUGCCCUAGAAAUAUUCUUCACAGAUGGUACUAGCUACCUUCUAACGCUCUUUUCUCCGCGCGUCAGAGAUGACUUGUGCAAUCAGCUUGGAUCUAAAGCACCGCAGGUUACUGGAAGUGCUGGCCACUCGCGACCGGAAGAUAUCUGGAGGUUCGAAACCCUGCGAAGCCAAGAGGAUGCGCCACAAUCCAUCGGUUCCAAGUUCGCAAGCGUCUUUGGCCAUCUCCCAUCGAACCCUGCAACGCGAAAAUGGGUCAAGGGCGAAAUAUCCAAUUUCCACUACCUGAUGUUGAUCAAUACCCUUGCUGGACGAACAUUCAACGACUUGACCCAGUAUCCAGUUUUCCCGUGGGUCUUAGCAGACUAUACAAGCGAAGAGCUCGAUCUCACCAACCCCAAAACAUUUCGUGACCUCUCCCGCCCUAUGGGCUGUCAGAAUCCCGACCGUGAGGCAGGUUUCAAGGAACGUUACAAUGCUUUUGCGGAGAUGGGUGAUGAUAACUCCCCGCCUUUCCAUUAUGGAACCCAUUAUUCCUCCGCCAUGAUCGUCAGCUCGUAUCUCAUUCGCCUUCAGCCGUUUGUCAAGUCAUACCUUCUCCUCCAGGGCGGAACAUUCGAUCAUGCAGAUCGACUAUUCUACUCAGUUCGAAAGGCAUGGGAGUCCGCAACGCGGGGUAACAUGUCUGAUGUACGAGAAUUGAUUCCAGAGUUCUUUUACCUACCAGAGUUCCUAGUGAAUUCCAAUAAGUAUGACUUUGGUGUUCUACAGAACAUGACCACGGCCAUUGAUUCGGUUGAGCUUCCUCCCUGGGCAAAAGGAGAUCCGAAGAUCUUCAUUGAGAAGCAUCGCGAGGCACUAGAGAGCCCAUACGUUUCAGAAAACCUCCAUCAUUGGAUUGACCUCGUGUUCGGUAGCAAACAGAAGGGCGAAGCCGCGGUUGAAGCCGUUAAUGUCUUUCAUCAUCUGUCUUACAAGGGUGCGAAGGACUUGGAUGCAAUCGAUGACCCUAUGGAGCGAUUGGCUACUAUUGGAAUUAUCCAUAAUUUCGGACAAACUCCUCAUCAAAUUUUCCAACGUCCACAUGCUCAGCGGGAAGAUCAACGGCACCGUGUUCCCCGGCUCGAUACCCUCGCGGAAUCCCUAACACAAACGCCGCUCGCAUUGCUAGAUACAGAAGAGCGCGUGGCGAAUCUUUCCAUGAGACAGGACCGCCUUCUUUGUACAGCUUCUCUUCGCUUGAAUGUCCCGCCAAACUACGAUCACUAUAUGGAAUGGGGAUUUUUCGAUGGCAGUGUCCGUUUUUACUCCGCGGAUAGCCGUAAACUUCUCGGACACUUCGAGCAUCUGCAUAUCGGCCAGCUUUCCUAUGCCAGUUUCGCAGACUCCCGAACACUCAUCACAUGUGGAACGGACUGUACAGUUUCUCUGUGGACAAUCACUGCGACCUCCAAGUCAGUUGAUCUACAACCUCUCGGCUCGCUCUUCGGCCACCGCGCACCCGCCACCGUGCUUGCCGUUUCGCGUUCUUUCAGCACUUUACUAUCCGCAUCCAGCGACGGACAUAUCAUGCUAUGGGAUCUUAACCGACGAGGUUUCGUACGAAUGUUGCCUGCCGAAGGAACGGUUGAUUGUGCUCGUAUAAACGACGUGACGGGUAACAUUGUUAUCUGUCGGGGCCAUCGUCUCACCAUGUACACUCUGAAUGGUGAAGUCCUAGUCGACCAACCGGUCUGCGAUUCGGUCGACGAUCGUGUGUUAUCCUGCGUCUUUUACGAGGGCGUCCAAAACGAAUGGCUCGAGCGUGAGCUUGUCCUGACCGGCCACAGUCGCGGCGUUGUGAACAUCUGGAGCAAGAUGAUUCGAAAUGGACGAUUUGAGCUGGAACUCAUCCGUCAACUGCAUCAUACAGACAGCAGUCGCGACACCGGGGCCAAUAUCUCGACGGGAAUCAGUUGUAUUUUUGCCCUUCCCCACGUGGUCUAUACCGGGGAUGAAGCGGGCCGUGUGCAUGCAAAGCGGAAUGGCCACAGCAUCAUCAUGGACACACGGAUCCCCCAGCCUCAAACGCCGUCCGGAGUAAAUCGCGACAUUUAA